AUGCGCCGCAUUCCCUCCCAGGAGGCGCGCUACUCCCCGCCCCAGAUGCGCCGGUCCUCGCCGCAGGAAACGCGCCACUCUCCGCCGCCGGUGCGACGCUCUCCGCCGCAGGAAACCCGCUACUCUCCGCCGCAGGAGACGCGCUACACACCUCCCCGUCGGUCGUCAGCCGGUGAGCGCGACAGUACUCCGGUGCGCGUGCAGACCACUCAGCAGGAGGACGGCCGGAUCGUGAAGGAGUACCACUUCUGCAGCAGUCCGCGGCCGCAGCGGCCGGUGCGGCGCGACUCGCCGUCGGCUGUCUGGGAGCGCAGUCGCAGCUCGGACGAACCGGACGGACCGGCGGCGGCGCGGCUCGGCGGACUGGCCGGCCGGCGGCACCAGAGCACCGAGCAACUCGACUGGCGCGCCGCCGAGCCGCCGUUCAGCACACAGACGGUGGACCGGCGGCGGCCGGCGCGGCCGCACCAGGAGCCCGUCCUCCAGACACAGACGCUCCCCAGGAAACCGCGUGAGUCGCGCGACCCGCCGUCGGCCAGUCGGCUCGGCGCCUCCUCCAAAUUCGGCGGCAGCAUGAUCAACGUCUCCGUCCGGAACAACGUGUUUGGUAGCUCACCGGUGACGCGUCAGCCGCCGCGCCGCACUAACAGUCUGUAUGAGAAGGAGGAGGGGCCGGCCGGCGGCGGCCUCAAGAGCCCCGACAUCAUCUCGGCCAUUCAGAGGACGAGCGGUACGCGGCGCGAGGAAGACGACGAUCUCCAGCGUCGGAACGUCGAGAAGGAGCCCGAGUGGCGGCCGACCGUGUCGGCGCACCCGCCGCCGCCGCCGCCGCCGCCCCCGCCCGCCAAGGUUCCCAAGGUGGCACCCAAAGUUGCGCCCAAGGUGGCGCCCAAGCCGCGACCAGCGACCAAGGAGAACUUUAUGCGCGGUCUGAUGCAGAACGCUCCCGAACUGUACUCGGCACUGCACGGCGACGAGCGGAAGGACUCCAAGACGCCGUCUCCGAAGCAGAGUCCGCCUCCAGCGCUGUAUCGUGCCCGCUCGCCGGCGCCGCUUACCCUCGACUACGGGGCCAUCUACCCGAAAACGCCGCCCGUGUUCAAGCGACUGGAGCGGCUGCGGGCCGACGAGGAGGUGGUGACCAAAGAGGGCCGCUCGCGCUCCACCACGCCCGCCGAGGACGUGCACAACUUCCGACUGGGCACCAUGUCCCCGACCGGGGAGCGCACAGAUCUGAUCAAGGUACAACGGUGAGCUGCCGAGUUCCGAGUGAGCUCACAGCCCGCUGACUGUCGCCACAGCCGCCAGUACCCACCAGCCGCCACCCCGGGUCGGCCCGGCCGACUCGACGGCGCCCUGCUGCCUCAGCGUGCGGAGAGACACGGCGGAGACACAGGCCACUCUGCCUCAGCGCUGGAGAGACACAGCGGAGACACAGGCCACUCUGCCUCAGCGCUGGAGAGACACAGCGGAGACACAGGCUGCUCUGCCUCAGCGCCCAGGAGACACGGGCUGUUCUGCCUCAGAGCUGAGAGACCACUCUGUCACCAGUGGCGAGAGAGAAUGUCCGCCCGUCGCCCAGUGCUGGUAGAGCAGCAGUGUGUCAUGUUCAAGUGUCGUGAGAAGGACGUCCGUGCCGGCCGUUCGCCCCCGUGGAUUCACUGAACCGGGAGCGUCUUAGAAAAGUGGCCGGCUCGAGCUCGCUAGGCGCCAUCGAACGUUCGGCGAGUUGUUUAGGUCGAACGACCCCUGACGCGAAUACCGAUCGAACUGGUGAAUGUUUAUCGAUGUAGGCACCUAACGCUUACUAGCGUGCACAGUGCGCCGCAGAGAUGUUAUGCCAUGGUAAGUGUGUGCCGUGAAUUAAACCAUGGUGCUGUGUUGUGCCAAUGCCUGCGUGACAAACCUAAUAUUAGGAGUGGCUUAUUUAACUAAUAAUUGCCUUUUAUCAUCUCUAAUCGUUUUCCAUAUCUGUAAAUAGUUCGAGAAGUAGCGUUCAUUCUAUGAGUGUAUGAGCGAGUGUCUUCGUAAAGCACAGAGCGAGUGGAGGUUGAUUGAAUCCAUAGACGGCUGGACGGCCAGCCCGGCCGACGGCUCUGCGCAUGUAAGAGAGAAAGAGAGAGAGAGAGAGAGAGAGAGAGAGAGAGAGAGAGAGAGAGAGAGAGAGAGAGAGAGAGAGAGAGAGAGACGUGUCUCUAUGCAUAAGCCAGUCAAUAAACUGAAGACGCA